AUAAAAGAGGAGCGCUUAACAAAUAAUCUAACAGUUUGAGCCUGAGCAUCAGCAACACGAAAUUAUUACCGUUAUUUUUAGUUUUGUUGUUCAUAUUACUGAUUAAUAUGAAGUUUAUCGUGGUUUUCGCGUUGUGUUUAGCAGUUGUCACUGCAGAACUCAGUAAAGAAUUCCUAGAAGCAAUAAUGAAAGAGGAGGAUGAAAUCGGUGAAGAAUGUUUAAAGCAAGAAAAUGCCAGCCAAGCAGAUAUGGAUGAAUUAACCGAGAAAAAGAACCCAACCAGAAGGGAAGGAAAAUGUUUGAUUGCUUGUUACUACGAGGCUUACGAAAUGAAGGAAAAAGAUGGGAAAAUCACCGAGGAAGGAAUUUUGAAAUCUCUGCGCGGUUUCAAGGAACAAGAUGAAGACAUCUACAAAAAUUUAGUGAAAAUCAUGGUUGAAAUUUGCCUGCCAGAAGUUAAAUCCACUGACAGAUGUGAAGCGGCCGCUGAAUUCGAGGCUUGUUAUCUAUCACACACCGAAAAAGUCAACGCAAUCUUUUAAACACUGUAUCAACUUCAUGUUUUAUUGUUAAUCAAUCUUUUGUGAACGCUAUGCAUAUUUUUAAUAUAUUCUUUACUUGUGUAUUUAUACACUGAAUAAAUAUUGGAUUUAAUUUAAAAA